UUAUAAUCAACAUCAGUCCCGCGUGAAAAUUAGAAACCAUUAUUAUACUUCUUUUUUAUACAGAGAGUGUAAGACUUUGCUCGCUUGCUCAAAUCUGAGGGAGUGUAAGACUUCAAACUCAAACAAAUAAUCAAGCAGCCCCUAUUGCAUAACUUCUCGUCUGCCAUGGCUGAAGCUUCUUUCCUGCACAUAGCAAUGUGUCCAUGGCUUGCCAUGGGGCACCUCACCCCAUUUCUUCACCUCUCCAACAAGCUUGCAAACAGAGGACACACAAUCUCUUUCUUCAUUCCAAAAAGAACGAUCUCAAAACUUCAACACCUAAACCUCCACCCACACCUCAUCACCUUCAUCCCUAUCACUGUUCCUCACGUCCAUGGCCUUCCACAUGAAGCUGAAACCACUGCAGAUGUCCCCCCCUCCUCAAUCACACACUUGACCACCGCCAUGGACCUCACACACAAUGACAUAGAGCUUCUCCUCAAGGAUCUAAAACCACAAAUCGUUCUCUUUGAUUUCCAACACUGGCUUCCAAACAUUGCAAGAAACCAUGGCAUCAAGUGUAUCCAAUACAUGAUAGUUAACCCAGCUACUGUAGCUUACUUUGCAUCCCCAGCAAGAUUGCGCCAAGGAACCGAAUCAGAUCUCAAGAAACCGCCAUCUCCAGAUUUCCCUGAUGCUUCUUCAAUCGAGCUUCGUGCUCACGAACUUCGAAGAUCGGCUGCAUUUAGAAAACUGGAAUUCGGAAGCGGCGUUCUCUUUUACGAUAGGCUCGGCACUGGUUCGGCUUUAUCAGAUGCAGUUGCGUUCAAAGGUUGCAGAGAAAUUGAAGGUCCUUACGUGGAUUAUCUUAAAUCCCAAUACAAAAAACCCGUUAUUCUAUCGGGUCCUCUUUUACCUGAACAACCAAACACUGCCUUGGAUGAAAAAUGGGAAUCAUGGCUUAGUAAAUUCAAAUCCGGUUCAGUUAUUUACUGUGCACUUGGAACUGAAAGCCCUAUGGAGAAAAACCAAGUGCAGGAAUUGUUACUUGGACUUGAACUAACAGGUUUUCCGUUCCUUGCGGUAAUUAAACCCCCUAUGGGAUAUGAUUCCAUUGAAGAAGUGUUACCAGAAGGAUUCAAAGAAAGGACAAAAGAAAGAAGUGUUGUACACGGAGAAUGGGUGCCGCUUACAAGUCCUCUAAUUGAUAUUACGCUCAAACAUCUAUAA